AUGUCAACAAGAAGAAAGGGAUUAUCAGAGGAGGAGAAGAGAGAGAAGCUAAAGAAGUUCUUUCAUGAAACAGCAGAUGUCUACUCGGCUAAAGAUGUUGAACAAUCCGCCUCUGAGGCAUGUGGAAUGAAUAUGAUACAGGUCAAAGAAACUUUAAAGAGUUUGGUAGAUGAUGGCGUUGUUCAGACUGAUAAGCUUGGAUCAUCCAACUUCUAUUGGUCAUUCCCUUCAUUCGAACUGAAUCAAUUGUUGAACCAAAAGGAAGAGUUACAAAAGGGUGUCGCCGAUGCCAAAGCAAAGAUAGAGAAAGAGCGCGAGCGUAUAGAAUCAUUGAAGAUAGGUAGAGAGCCAACUGAUGAGAGAACAAAGAAACUUGCACAACUUCAAGAGUUAAAGGAUAGGGAGGCACAGUUGAAGGAGGAGUUGGCCAACUUUGCUGAUGUUGAGACUAUAGAGUUGAUGAAGAAGGAGUUGACAGUGGCUGUUACCGCUGCCAACAGGAACACUGACAACAUCGACGCACUUAGAGCCUACUGCGACAAGAAAUGGAACAUCACUAGAGAUGACUUCAACAGAAACUUCCAGAUCGAUCCCAACAUGGAGUACCUGGACUUCUAA